CGUGUAACAGGCACUGGAGGUGAUCAGCUGACUCUGAUGUUAAUAAAGCAAGUUAUGAGCGGGUGGAGGAAGCUGAGAUCAACCGGAUCGUCUCAUUGUUCAGACUUUUCCGGCCGGUGGAUUCAUGCUGAGGGCGACCGAGAGCAGAAGGUAAACACCGGGGAAGGAUCGCUGCCGUCAGCAUGGACGUCCAGACCGAGAGACGGAGGCUGCUGGAUGAGGAGGGUGGAGAUGAAGAUCCUACCGGACUCCUGUCCGAGCAGGAGGCUUAUCUCAGCAAAGUGAAGAACAGGAAGUUGUACCUGGCCUCGUUCGCUGCCGUUCUGGGUCCCAUGAGUUUCGGGUUCGUGCUGGGAUACAGCUCCCCCGCCAUCCCUGAGCUCAGCAGGAUUUCCGACCCUCGGCUGCGGCUCAGCGAAGUCGAGGGCUCCUGGUUUGGGUCCAUCGUGACGAUAGGCGCGGCGGUGGGCGGCCUGCUGGGCGGCUGGAUGGUGCAGCGCAUCGGCAGGAAGCUGACGCUGAUGUCCUGCACGCUGCCCUUCGUCUUCGGCUUCACCAUCAUCAUCGCCGCUCAGAACGUGUGGAUGCUGUACGUGGGCAGGGUGCUGACCGGCCUGGCCAGUGGCAUCACGUCUCUGGUGGUCCCGUUGUAUAUUUCUGAGACGGCUCAUGAGAAAGUCCGCGGGAUGCUGGGCUCCUGCGUUCAGCUCAUGGUGGUCCUGGGGAUCAUGGGAGUUUACCUGGCAGGUUUGUUCGUGGACUGGCGCUGGCUGGCGAUCUGCUGCUCCCUGCCGCCGUCGCUGCUGAUGGUCGCCAUGUGCUUCAUGCCCGAGACGCCGCGCUUCCUGCUGUCGAAGGGGAAGAGGCGGGAAGCCGAGGAGGCCUUACGCUUCCUGCGCGGGCCGGACGCUCCCAUCGAGUGGGAGUGCUCCCGGAUCGAGGACGGAUGCGACGAACAGGGUUCGACGUUCCACCUGUCCGACCUGAAGGACCCCGGCGUCUUCAAGCCGCUGCUGAUCAGCAUCCUGCUGAUGGUGUUUCAGCAGAUGACUGGGAUCAACGCCAUCAUGUUCUACGCUGAGGACAUAUUCGUACAGGCGCACUUCAAGGAGAGCGAGUUGGCUUCGGUGAUCGUCGCUCUGAUUCAGGUCAUCUUCACUGGGAUUGCAGCGGUGAUCAUGGACCGGGCCGGCAGGAAGGUUCUGCUCGUCAUCUCAGGUGUGGCCAUGAUGAUCAGCACCACGGCGUUUGGCGUCUACUUCUACUUGACGCCCAAAGUUCCCAGCGGAGCGCCGGCGCCCCACGCUGACCUCACCUGGCUGGCUCUGGCCAGCAUGGCCGUCUUCAUCGCAGGCUUUGCCAUUGGCUGGGGUCCCAUCCCGUGGCUGAUCAUGUCGGAGGUCAUUCCCAUCAGAGUGAGGGGGUUUGCUGGAGCCGCCGUGGUGCUCAGUAACUGGGGCAUGGCCUUCGUCGUCACCAAAACCUUCCAGGACAUGAUGAACCUCUUAACCAGCGCCGGGACGUUCUGGCUCUUCGCCUGCAUGUGUGGCCUCAACAUCAUCUUCACCGUCAUCUUCGUCCCAGAAACCAAAGGCAAGACGCUGGAGCAGAUCGAAGCCAUUUUCAGAGGGACGUCAGGUCCAUGAAAUCAUCCCUCAUCGGACCUCAGCAGCCUGAACAGACUUUAAAAUGGGCAUUCAGAACAUAUCCUCCAAGAACAUGAAGCUAACUCAAACAUUUUCUAUAUUUGCUUUUAUGGCAGAAAACAGGUGAAUAUUUUAAGUGAUUCUUGUCUGUUUGGUGAAAACUGAACUGUAUUUUAUUAUUGAGGUGCAACCAAACUGCCAAGAGAGAUGAUGAUGAUGAUGAUGAUGAUGAUGAUGAUGAUGAUGAUAAGUUAGACAUGUUGGCUCCUGAAAAAUACAUAAUCUGACAUCAGAAAGCUGUGAGGCGCCUGUUGCUCUUCGCUGCCCCCUGCAGGCCACAGAGGGCAUCUGAGAAGGAAGCACAGCUGUAACGCUUCUUUACAGAUUUCAGCGAUGCAACGCAAAAGCUUCACUACGGCAAAAAGAUGUCUGUGAAGUUUCUUAAGUUUCUGUCUGUGUGUUUCCACACAGCGUUUUCAAUAUUGUACCACUUAUAAAAAAAAAGGUUUAAUCUGACAAUAGAUAAAAAAGCUGAUUUUUGCUGUUAAGUUGAUAAAAUCUUUAUUUAACUCUUCCAACAAAACAUUUACGUAAACUAAAACUUUUCCCUUUCUGAGUUUUUAUGCUGCUUUUUGCUACAUUUCUGUUAUGAUUUUCAGUUUGCUGAUUUAAGCUCAGUGUUAGGAAAAUUCAUACAGGAAAAAUAUAAAAACAUGAGCCCUGAUCAGUACAAAAAACUUAAAAACUCUCCACAUAUUCCUUAAUUUACAUUAGAAACACUAUUUAAAGUUUAAAUGAGUGUUGGGUUUUACCCGACUGCGUUGGUAUUUGGAUGUCAUACAUAGUUUUUAAAUAUUCACAGUGAAUGUUUGGGAGGUUUUUUUUAUUUGAUUUUACCACAAAAUGUUCAGGUUAGUGUCAUGAUUGAUUCUGAGCCUUUUAAAUAUUCAGAAACUAUUUUAGUUAAGCUAUUUUCAUGGUUGUAGUUUUAUCCUAUGUAAAAUUAGUGCAUCAAAGUGCAUAAAUGCUAAAAUUCAUCAACAGUAUGUAUUUCCUUUCUGAAUUAUUCUCCACAGCUGCAACUGAAGGGACGUUUUAACCAUAUUUAACACAUAAAUCACAGCAAACAAAAUAACUUUAGAUUUUCUCUUCCACAAGGUUCUGCUGCAGUUAGAAAAUGUCCUUAAUAAGUUACUGUGUUGAGGUUUGAUUUCUAUCUGUCUGAUAAAAAUGCUGAAUCGCCGUAGCAACCAGACUCAGCAUUUUCUGAUUCUUUGGUUUGCUGUGGUUUCUUUAUUCUUAUAUGAAUCCACUGUCAAGUAAGUUGCAAAUUAACAGAAGGAAGUUUGUGUGUUUUGCUCUUCUUUUGAAAUAUCUGCUGAAUUGUUAUUUAUUUUUUUAAUCUGGAGUCAUCUUUGAUGAUCCUUCAGAAAGUGAAGUGGAACUGGACUUCCUAAAAACACUUCCUGUUUUUGUUUGGCUUGAUGUCAUUUCAGUGGAAAAGAAUAACGUCUUGUUGCUGUAAUAUUUUGCAGAGGAAAGAAUACGAUGUUAUAAAGAUAGUGGGACGUGAAUGCAUCAUGAGCUGAUGGAGUUCCUGUUUACACUAACUGCAUUUUUACUCAAAAAGCUGACAUCAGUUAUCUGUAACAACUACAUGGUUCUGUUUGUACCGGUUUUUUAUUCUUAUGGUUUUGUAGAUUAAAUGUUUUAGAAAUGGA